CUCCUGUGAAAUUCAAGGGGUUUGUAUUUCAGAAACUUUCACUUGCUGUUUUUUCCUCUUUGUCUUUUAUUUCAGACUUUUCAGAGAUGCUUCUAUAGGUUCAAACUCAAGCGCUUUCUCUUUUUCUGUGCAGUUGCCAUCGCUCUAAAAUGAACACAACGGAGCAAGUAUCGUUUUUUAUCAUUGAGGGAUUCAAGGAGAGGAAAUUGAUUCUGUUUGCUAUUUUCUUGCCAAUGUAUAUUCUGAUACUGGUUGGAAACAGUAUGAUUAUAUAUCUGGUCAGAACUGACCCGAGACUGAAUUCACCUAUGUACUUUUUUCUCCACUGUCUGUCCUUCUCUGAUUUAAUCUACACGUCAAAUACAGUUCCUAACAUGCUUUCAGGAUUUCUAGUGGAAGUGAAGACCAUUUCCAAGGCAGGCUGCUUUGCACAAAUGUAUAUUUUUAUCUCAAUAGGUAUAACAGGACGGGGGUUUUUAACGGUGAUGGCUUUUGACCGAUAUGUGGCAAUUUGCAACCCGUUGCGCUACACGUCAAUCAUGACCAGAAAAGUACGAUAUUUGCUGUUAUUUGUAUCGUUCGUUUUUGGAUCUUUCAUUGCUUGGCCAGCUUUCUCUUUAGCAUUGCCUCUACCCUUCUGUGGGCCAAACGUAAUCAAGCACACUUUCUGUGAUCAUUCCUCACUUAUACGCCUGGCCUGCACUGACACUUCAGUAAAUAAUAUCGUAGGACUAUUUUUUGCUUUAUUGUCCCUUCUUUCUACUUUCCUGCUGAUUCUCAUGUCAUACAUUUUAAUUGGGAAAACCAUCAUCAAAAUGGGCUCAGUUGAAAGAAAGAAAGCUGCUGCUACUUGUGUGUCCCACCUGAUAGUGGUGUGUAUCUCUUAUGUGUCUUCCGUAUGUGUGUACAUCUCUUAUAGAAUACCCUCAUUUGAUGCAGAAGCACGUUUGAUUAUUUCUGUGCUUUACUCUGUCCUGACGCCCCUGCUGAACCCCUUCAUUUACAGCUUGAGGAAUAAAGAGCUGCAGGAUGCGAUGAAGAGAGCCUUCUGCAAAUUCUUUAGAGCAUCAAACAUGGUCAGAAAAACUGUGCCCUCGAUAGUAUCGUAAACUGAUGUCUGCCAAAAAUGCACUGUUUAACAGAGCACUCGAAUUGUUGAAUGGGCUGUGCUGUUCUGGCACAGGGAUCAUUUAUGAGCACGUUUAUGGGCUUUUUAAAAAACAAACCAAGGAGAUCUGUAUUGAAACCUAUUUAAUUUGGUACUGGACUGACUGAUUCUACAGCCUGCUCUUCUCUUUUAUUGUAACAUUUCUUGACAAUGUGAAUUUUGACUUAAAGUUUGAGGAAACUUUAAGUCAAGGGAGCUUAACCAGUAACAACUAAAACAAACCCAGUUUUAAUAAUUAUAUAUCUUAAU